GAGAGAAAGAGGGGGAGAGAAGACGGAUCACCCGCUGUCUGCUGAGAGACCGCACGGUUGUUUAACUUGUUGAUGCGACAUUAUUCUUCUGUUGGGUUUUUUUUUUUUUUUUCUUCUCCCCCUCUUCCGUGUCGUCUGGUUGCGGUGACUGGUAGAUGGUUGGCGGAAUCGCAAGUAUUCUCUGCGUGGAGGAGAGUGAUGCGCAAUUCCACUCUAACUACAGCGCUUUGUUACCACGUUCUGCCGAACCUUUACGCGGUGUCUGCUGCUCUUUCUGCAGAUGCGGUUCACCUGUGAGCCGUAACGCAGGGUCGGAAUUAACACUCCAGGUCACCAUGGCAGCAGGUGUAGCGGCGUGGCUCCCAUUCGCCCGAGCGGCGGCCAUAGGAUGGAUGCCGGUGGCGAGCACCCCGAUGCCCAUCCCUCCUCAAGACAAGAGGAAAGCCCAGGACGGGUUGAUCAUCCUUAACGUGAGUGGGACCAAGUUUCAGACGUGGCGCACCACUUUGGAGAGGUACCCGGACACUUUGCUGGGGAGCACGGAGAGAGACUUCUUCUUCCACGAGGAGACAAACGAGUACUUUUUCGAUCGUGACCCAGACAUCUUUAGACAUAUCCUCAAUUUCUACCGCACGGGGAAACUGCACUAUCCGCGCCAAGAGUGCAUAUCGGCGUACGAUGAGGAGCUCGCCUUCUUCGGGAUCAUCCCGGAGAUUAUCGGGGACUGCUGCUAUGAGGAGUACAAGGAUCGAAGGCGCGAAAACGCGGAGAGGCUGCAAGACGACGACGAGAUGGACGGCAACAAUGACGUCACGCCGGUCAACCUGACGUUCCGGGAGUACCUGUGGCGCGCUUUUGAAAACCCCCACACCAGCACCUUAGCUCUGGUCUUCUACUACGUCACAGGCUUCUUCAUCGCCAUAUCAGUGAUGGCCAACGUGGUGGAGACGGUUCCCUGCGGGACUUUGCCCAAUAGAUCCAAGGAGAUCUCCUGUGGAGAUCGUUACGCGCUGGCCUUCUUUUGUUUGGACACUGCGUGCGUCAUGAUCUUCACCGUCGAGUAUCUCCUCCGUUUGAUCGCAGCCCCCAGCCGCUACAAGUUCAUGAAAAGUGUGAUGAGCGUCAUCGACGUGGUGGCAAUCAUGCCUUACUACAUCGGAUUGGUCAUGACAGACAACGACCAAGUGAGCGGCGCUUUCGUCACGCUGAGAGUCUUUCGGGUCUUUCGAAUUUUCAAGUUCUCCCGGCAUUCGGCGGGGCUGCGCAUCCUGGGCUACACCUUGAAGAGCUGUGCCUCCGAACUGGGCUUCCUCCUCUUCUCCCUCACCAUGGCCAUCAUCAUCUUCGCCACGGUCAUGUUUUACGCUGAGAAAGGCUCCACAGCCAGCAAGUUCACCAGCAUCCCCGCAGCGUUUUGGUACACCAUCGUCACCAUGACAACACUGGGGUAUGGUGACAUGGUGCCCAAAACAAUCGUGGGCAAGGUGUUUGGGUCCAUAUGCUCACUGAGUGGGGUGCUGGUCAUCGCCUUGCCUGUUCCUGUCAUAGUGUCAAAUUUCAGCCGUAUCUACCACCAAAGCCAGCGGGCAGAGAAACGGCGAGCCCAGAGGAAAACUCGACUUGCUAGAAUCCGUGCGGCGAAGAUUCGAGGCACUAAUGCUUAUAUGCGCUACAAACAAAAUGGGCUCCUGAUCGACUCGCUGGAGGAGGCCGCCAAGGAGGCCGGACAAGCCUUGGUGGGGAAGGCGGCCAGCCCUCCAUUUGAGAGCCAACAUCAUCACCUGCUGCACUGCCUGGAGAAGACCACGAAUCACGAGUUUGUGGAUGAGCAAACGUUCCAGGCCAACUGCAUGGAGAUUACGAUGAUGAACAAGUCAGGUUCCCGCACGUCCUCCUUGUCUUCUUCUCCACACGGCUUCACCUCCUGCUGCUCCAGACGCAACAGGAAGAAGAGCAGCUUCAGCCUCCCCAGCACAAACAACCAGGAGCUCAGCACCAUACAGAUCAGAGAGAGGCCCGUAGCCAACAGUCGGUCCAGCCUCAAUGCCAAACUCGAUGAGACUGUGCCCUUGAAAUGUGAUGAACCUUACAUCAGUCCCUCCAUGGUCAGCCUGUCUGCACCAGUGGUGACCUCAUCGGAUGAGGACAGCUCCGCCAUCACCGCCACAUACUCUCAGAGCAACAUUGUGCGAGUAUCUGCCUUGUAGAUGUCAUGCCUAUUUGAUCAGCCAACUGGUUUCAAGCACCAGAUGCUGAGGAGAGGGACCACUGAGCAUCGACCUGCCAUAAUCAGGAGGGAUUAUAAGAUUAGCACAGGUUGGGUUUCAAGUAGUGAUUUCAUCUGAUGUCAAACUCUGCAUGGUAUUACAACGAUGCGGAUGGCUGCUCUGGGGGAGGGGGGAGAAAAAAAAAUCAGCCCUCAGAUCAUGCUCCAUUAAGCACAGCAAAAGAUUGAAAUGUUGCAAUUGCGUGGUUGUUGUUGUCACCUAAAAAUAUUGAGAAAAUCUUUAUUUUUGAAUAUGUAAUGUAGACGUAUGUGUUGUCUUCUGAUUCAAACGUGAAAAGGCAGAUGUUUAAAGGUCGAUGACCUCUGAUGACAAAGCACACAUUUUUCAUUCACCAAGGGCCAUCUUUGUGAAUAUUAUCAGUCUACUCGCACAUUAGGCACAGAAUGCACACCUCACUCACCACCCAGGUUAAUAUUACAAUAGAUUGUUUUGAAACCCUUUAAUUAACCGGUUUCUAAUAGUCCCAUCACUGUUGUAUAUUCAGAAACCAUGCAUCCACUGGAAUGGAUAACUGUUGUGAAUAUUCAUUAACUGAUUCAUUAACUGGUUGAUGUCAUCGCUUGAUGAGUAAAACAUGCCGUGCAUCCUGACAUGUUUGUGAAACGUGCAAGUGAAAGUCAAAAAUGACAAAAACCUGUGCUCGCUUUCAUAUUCGAUAUGAAUCUUUGUGAAAGCCACCAUCAUAGCAAAGAGUGAAUUUAGAAAAAUAUACAGGGUACAUAUUAGUUAGGUCACAAGGUAGAAAUAAAAGUGAAUGUUCGCAACACUUAACUAAUAUUAAACCCAUUCCGGACACAUACAGACACACACAACCACAAACCACACGGACGAGUUCACUGCAUCUGGUUAUCAUGUUCAAAAAGUGAGACUUGAUGGAUUUCACUGUGUUAAAGAGCCAUUUUGUAUAUUUUUCAUUAAUUCUGUAAAUAUCUUGGUUAUUAUCAACCAUGUUUGAAAUUGGGCCUCUUAUUUCUAGAUUUAGUUGACAGUUGUUGGCAUUUUUUUGGUCUGUUACCUGAUUAAGGAUUUGCAUGCUCUCAUUGCAGAAUUCUCUUUUAUUAAAGUAUGUCUCUACUUCCUGUUGUCAGUAAAAUUGAGAUUGAUGCAAGGAUGGGUGGUAAGUCUGGUAUAUCCUAAUGUACAUUCUAGCACACUUUGCUUUAAAUUCAAUACAAAACUUGCUAUGGGGUGCAUAUAUAAGCGUAAAGGAAAAGGGACAAAUAAUCACACAUUGUGCAUUUGGUGCAGUGGAUAGAAUAAAUACGAUAGCUCCAUUAAACGCCCCAUGUCCUUUCUUAAAAAAUAAAUAGUGGAAAAUAACGUGGGUGCAUUUCAGAAUGUUUUGUUUAAUUGGUGAGACAGCAUUUCCAUUGACAGCAUGGGGUAAUGACUCAACACUGCUGCUGGGGGACAUGUGAAGACCUGACUGGCCCAGCGGUAGGUCCCGGCUGCAGGAUCCUUGGAGACAGACAUCGUUUGAGCUGGAGAAUUUGGCAGCGUAUCCCCGCUGAGCUGCAUGUGUUGAUCCGGGCUGGUUAUCUCAGCAUGCAGAACCUCUGUCUUCAAGUGUUUAGUGAGCUGUGAAUUCAUAAUACAUAAUGCUGCUCCAUA